AUGAAUCACCUGCGAAUUUCUGCCCAUAACUCUAAUAAGGAUUCAACGGUCUCGCUCGGCUCUUCUUUGUGUGAUAAUAUUAAACUAACCAACCAACUCUCUGCACUCCUGGACCGGGCACAAAAUGACGCUGUGGUCCAACAACUGAGUCUAGAUGACUCUCUAUCCGCAGAUAAUGUUCUUCGCGGAGUUCUCUCUCCAGACUCACUUACCAGAACAACCUCUUCCUUUCCUCAGUUCCAGCGAAGUCAACAAGGUCCCGCUUCAGUUGGCUAUCGUGUGAUUGGAUUCGGGCAGUGCGGUCUUGUUUUUGAGCGACCUGGACGAAACUACGUGCUGAAACUCGCCAAGCCAUCAUAUGAAGACACUUUGUGGAAUGACUUCAAGGCGCAUUUUAGUGUGCGACGAGCUUUUGACCUGGAACAGAACAAGAACAUCAAAUGUCGUGUUCCUCAACUCUUCUCUUUCGUUCCAAAAGACAACCACGAAUGGUGGCAGGAGAAUAUUCCUUUUCUCCCCACUGUUCAUGAAUCAGUUCCGCUCCCAGCUAUGGUUUUGAUCAGCCAGCGAAUUCUCCCAAUACCAAAAGUUGCACGGCAAGCUCUGAUUGAUAAAUACUGUCCAGCCCUAUCUCGUGCACUUGCGGCCUCGAAUGACAAGAAUCGUGAUUGUCUAGCUCGUGUUUACUUGGGUCGGCGCCGCCUCGUCAAUACCCUGUCCGCAAACUUCACCUUACGCAACUUCAAUCUUCAUCUAGACCAAAUGGUCGAGCCGAAUCUUCCCGUCAAAUACUUUGCGAGUGCAAUGGGUGAAGCUCUGGCAGUUAUUCAUUGGUCCGCGCAGGUGGAUGGCUACGAUAUUGAGUUUGUCCUCGGGAGCGAAGGCGACACAACCUACUCACAGGGUAUUUCCAUUUCGAUUGGACCUGAGUUAACUCCACAGCGGUUAGCCGCCAUGAAGCCAUUCACAGAUAUUGAGUCCUUGAUAAAAGUCAACUUCAAGCAGCGAACAAUGCGCCUGUGGACACUUGACUUUAAUCUAUGUCAUAUCUGGGAUACAGAGGCUGCCUUGGACAAUCCAGAGGGGGUUGUCUCACAUCUUGUCAUGGCUUUUUUCGAGAAUGACCCGUAUUAUCCUUUGCCGCUUAUGGAACAUGUUUUAUACCAGGAGCUAUGGGAGAUUUUUCAGGGAAAGUACCUGGAAAAGGCGGGUCUGAUUUUCUCUGAAAGCAAUGUGGAUUCACGGCUGGCUAGCCUGCCCCAGAAGUUCAUCGAUGGUUGUGUUGAGAGAGAGAGAGAGAAUCUACUACAUGGUCGUGGUCAUGGUUAUCGUGAAACGAAGUAG